CACAGCUACAGCUCUGGCAGAAGCAAAAGUGUUUGUUUCUUUAAAUAUCUUUUUCAGAUUAUGUCUACAGCUAUACCCAGAGUUAACAGCACUUUUUCCAAUAGCUACAAGAACCCAGCAUUUGAGGAAGAUACUGAUAGUGAUUUUCCAGAGGCAAAUGGUACUGCAUUAAGAAACAGGAACUUGGAAAGAAAUGACUUUCAUCCUGAUGAGCAUGAGACAAACAUCAAUAUUGACAGUGAGCCACAUGGAAACCAACCUGAAUCAGAAGAAAACAAGAAACCUGGAUGCAAGGGGAAACUUGCAAGGAAAUAUGAUGUGGCCCUUCAAUUUUGCAGGAAACAUAAAACUAGAAUUCGGUACAUAAUUUAUGGAAUACUAAUUACAGCUUAUCUGGCAAUGGUGAUUGCGGCCUGCAUCUUGAAUUUUCACAGAGCCUUGGCUCUCUUCAUAUUCACUCUCCUAGCCAUUUUUUUCAUCUGUUGGGACUUUUUGAUAGCCAGAUAUGAGGGUAGAAUUGCAGAAUCACUUUCUCCUUUUGGAAGAUUUCUGAAAGCUCAGUGGUUUUGGCUGAAAUGGGUAGUGUGGAUCAUCUUAAUAGUUGCUGCUGUGUGCUGGUUAAUCUUUGAUACUGCCAAGCAAGGGACAAACCAGCUCAUUUCCUUUGGUGGACUUAUCAUGUAUAUUCUCUUGAUGCUGAUCUUCUCCAAAUAUCCAACUAAAGUUGUAUGGAGACCAGUAAUCUGGGGGAUUGCAAUGCAGUUUGUUCUUGGACUUAUAACCUUGAGGACUAAAGUAGGAUUUGAUGCAUUCAGUUGGCUUGGUAAGCAAGUGCAGAUUUUCUUGGGAUACUCAGAUGCUGGUGCUAAAUUUGUGUUUGGUGAAAAGUAUACUAAUCACUUCUUUGCCUUCAAGGUGCUGCCUAUUGUCAUUUUCUUCAGUACAGUGAUGUCUGUGCUAUACCAUGUUGGAUUCAUGCAGUGGCUUAUUAAAAAGGUUGGAUGGAUCAUGCAAAUUACCUUACAGACAAGUCCAGUAGAAUCUUUAGUUGCAGCUGGCAAUAUAUUUGUGGGAAUGUCGGAGUCUCCUCUCAUGGUAAGGCCUUAUCUGCCCUAUGUUACCAAGUCUGAACUCCAUGCUAUCAUGACAGCAGGAUUUGCCACCAUUGCUGGAAGUGUUUUAGGAGCAUAUAUUUCCUUUGGGGUUUCAGCUUCUCAUUUAUUAACUGCUUCCGUGAUGUCAGCACCAGCAGCUUUAGCUGUUGCCAAACUCUUUUGGCCUGAGACUGAGAAUCCCCAGAUAAGUGCACAACAGGAUACAAAAAUGGAAAGGGGAGAAGCCAGGAACCUGUUGGAAGCUGCCAGCCAAGGUGCUAGUGCCGCCAUCCCCCUGGUAGCAAACAUUGCUGUGAAUCUGAUAGCCUUCCUUGCCUUGUUGGCCUUCUUUAAUGCAGUCCUGUCUUGGCUGGGGAACAUGUUUGACUACCCACAACUAAGCUUUGAGAUAAUCUGUUCAUAUCUGUUUAUGCCAUUUUCUUUUAUGAUGGGGGUAGACUGGGAAGACAGUUUUAUUGUUGGUGGGCUCCUUGGUUAUAAGACUUUCUUCAAUGAAUUUGUGGCUUAUGAACAUCUUGCAGUCUUGAUUCAACUAAGAAAGAAGGGAGGAAAAAUGUACAUAAAUGGUGUGAAACAGUACUUGAGCAUCCGAUCAGAAACAAUUGCCACUUAUGCCCUUUGUGGAUUUGCAAAUUUUGGUUCGGUGGGCAUGAUACUUGGAGCACUAUCAUCAUUGGCUCCCUCCAGGAAGAGAGACAUUGCAGGGGGAGCUUUCAGGGCCAUGAUUGCUGGCACCGUGGCCUGCUUCAUGACAGCUUGUGUUGCAGGUAUAUUAUCUGAAAAUCCAUGUACAUCUUUAUUGGAAAGCAACUUCAAUGUGGCUGACAAUAGCACAGAAAUAGUUACGUGCUGUUUAAACCUCUUUAACAGUGCCAACAGUUCUGCAGAGGUCUUCCCAAAGCCUAACAGCAGUUUAAGAUCCUUGCACCAAUGUUGUCAGCUUCUGGGCCCAUCCAUGGUUAAUUGCAGCAGGGUCCCUCCAUUAUCUUAAGCUGAAGCAUAGGAUUUGAGUUCAUGGUGGAUAAAUGGAAAUUCAAGAUGAAAAUGAGGUGAUCUGGUUGCUAAUUUAGACAGGGGGGAAAUGUGUUUUAAACUAGAGUGGUAGCUAUUUGCAUCCUCUAUUUUCAUAAUGUUCCUGAUGAAGGAGAUGUUGAUAUGUUUGUAAGAAAAAAAAACCUUGCAUGCACAUGUAUCCCAAUGUUUCCCCAUCAUGCACUGCUUUUUAAUCAACAUUUAAGUUUUAGCAUGACAUCUGAAUCUGAAAUGGCUUUCAUCUUGGAUUUAUGGAAAUAACUUGACCAGUUGUAAAUUAUAAGGUCUAGUUUGCACAAAUCCCCAAUGGUAUCUAUUUGGAUCAGGAUGACAAAAUAAGCCCCAAACCUUGGUUAAAAUGCAGCCUGUGAUGGGGUAAGGUGGGGACACAUUCAGUCACAUUAACUCAAUUUGAACAAACCACAGAAAUAUUUAAAAUUUAUUUUAAAUUAUUCUAAAAUUUGCCUAAUUAUACCUUCCCAUUUCUGACAGAUAUCUAUCAAAACUCUGUUUUGCUCUACUAAGAUAAAAUUAUUAUUUCAAUGUCAUCCUAAGUAUGUCUAUUCAGGACUAAGUUGCUUUCCCCCGCUAUGGACCUUACUUCCAAAUAGCCUUGGUAAAUGUCAGUCCUUCAAGGUAGGUCAAGUCAGAAAACAGGCAAAACAGAGACUAUUGGAAUUGUACUUUGCUGUUAUAGGGUAUAAUAACAGAAUCUUGAAAUCCUGCUGGAGUAUCCCUCUACCCCCUCUUAUACCAAACA